CCGUGUGCACCCCGCUUCAUAGACUACCCAGCGCUCAGCCACCCUCCGACUCAUUCGAAUACAGUGAUAGUCAGCGUCGACUACACAAUCUCUUCAUUCUACCUAUUCCAAAUUCACUGGAGACCGUGUGUUAUCAUUUCGUUUAAGUUCACAUUACCUUUUUAAUCGAUUUCGAACCAGAUCCUCAUCAGAGAAAUCAAGAUGCCUUUCAAGCCAGUUGAGAACCCAAAGUGCCCAAAGUGCGGAAAGUCAGUGUACGCCGCUGAGGAGCGUGUUGCCGGUGGAUACAAAUUCCACAAGACCUGCUUCAAAUGUGGAAUGUGCAACAAGGCUCUGGACUCAACAAACUGCACAGAACACGAAAAGGAGCUCUUCUGCAAGAAUUGCCAUGCCCGAAAGUACGGACCCAAGGGAUACGGCUUCGGUGGCGGCGCCGGAUGUCUCUCCAUGGACACUGGAUCCCAUUUACAAACCGAUGGCGCCCCAAUAGAGAUACGCAACGGCGCUUGCCUGGAGCCGCGAGUGAUCGCCAGAGCCCCCGAGGGACACGGAUGUCCCAGAUGCGGCGGCUACGUCUACGCCGCCGAGCAGAUGCUGGCGCGCGGAAAGGGCUGGCACAAGGAGUGCUUCAAGUGCGGCAACUGUUCGAAGCGUCUCGAUUCGGUGAACUGCUGUGAGGGUCCGGACAAAGACAUCUACUGCAAAGUAUGCUACGCCAAGAAGUUCGGCCCCAAGGGCUACGGCUACGGCCAAGGAGGCGGAGCCCUCCAGAGCGAUUCUCUGGCCAAUGGAGAACUCGGACCCCGAACGACUGUCAUUGACACUUCCGUGAUCAAGGCGUCUCCUGGCCAAGGCUGUCCUCGCUGUGGAGGAGUCGUUUUCGCUGCCGAACAGGUGCUGUCGAAGGGGCGCGAGUGGCAUCGCAAGUGCUACAAGUGUCGCGACUGCACCAAGACACUCGACUCCAUCAUCGCUUGCGACGGUCCCGAUCGCGAUGUGUACUGCAAGACGUGCUACGGCAAGAAGUGGGGCCCCCAUGGCUACGGAUUCGCCAGUGGCGCUGGAUUCUUGCAAACGGACGGACUCACUGAGCUGGAGAUCUCUCAGAACAGACCCUACUACAAUCCCGACACCACGUCCAUCAAGGCUCCUGCUGGCCAGGGUUGCCCACGAUGCGGCGGCAUGGUGUUCGCGGCGGAGCAGCAGCUCGCCAAGGGCACAAUGUGGCACAAGAAGUGCUUCAACUGCGCCGAAUGCCAUCGUCCGCUCGACUCGAUGCUGGCUUGCGACGGACCCGAUCGCGAGAUCCACUGCAAGGCCUGCUACGGCAAGCUGUUCGGGCCCAAGGGCUUCGGCUACGGACACUCGCCCACCCUCGUGUCCACCAACGGUGAAUCCACGAUGGCCUAUCCGGAAGCCAGGCCCGUGACCGGUCCGAAGGCCGGAAAGGAGGGCGGCUGCCGAAGGUGUGGAUUUGCCGUGUACGCAGCCGAACAGAUGAUCAGCAAGAACAGAAUAUGGCACAGGAGAUGCUUCUCGUGCUGCGACUGUCGCAAGAGUCUCGACUCCACCAAUCUCAACGACGGUCCCGAUGGCGAAAUCUACUGCCGAGGCUGCUACAAUCGCAACUACGGCAUCAAGGGUGUGGGAUUCGGCCUGGGCGCCGGAGCUCUCACCAUGACAUAAGCGCAGAACCACCCGAGGAGCGCCACAAAUCACCUCAUUAUGCUUCUAGAGAUAGUCACCAAUUUAUACGUUUUAGCCCCUUCUGCCCAAAACACACACACGGAAGCAAUGCUA